AUGCGGAUAUUCAGGUCUUGUACUACGCCAGUUAUCAUCUCGGCAACGCUGGCCAGAGCAGCCUUGGUCGACUUGACCAAGGCAAAUCGUCGCGAGCCGCUUCCUGAUCUCCCAGACUGGUCCCGCGCAGGAUUCGAGGGUGGUAAUCCACUCCCAGACAAUUCAAAGGUUGCGUUCACCCUCUCUGCUGCGGCUCUUGCAUCCAGUAUAAUGUUAUCCCCAACGACGGGUAAGAUUGAUACCUGGAUCAUUGACCUUAUGGGCUCUGACCAUCCAUACAGGCAAGAUGACACUGCUGGACUGCAGCAGGCAAUCACAGCAAUGAGCUCCCAGUCCGUACCCGAUGGUACAUACCGGCUGAUACAGCUGCCUGCUGGAACCAUUAAUUUGUCCUACAUGAUCUACGUCGACACUAGCUACUUGAUCAUUCGUGGUGCAGGCCCAGAUCCUAACGCAGGCGGUACCAAGAUCGUAUUCCGCCCAGACUCUGAUACAAAAUACGAUAAAAUUAUAAACGAUAGGUGGGACCUCGAUUCAAUGGAAUAUAAAUGGGACUUUCAGGACGAAGCUGGCAAGCGCGUCUUUGGGACUGCGAGCGGAGGAUGGCUCUGGCCCGGGAGAUCUAUUUUUCGGAUCGGUAGCAGUCAGGUCGCGGCCAAGUAUACCCGUCAACAUGCUGAAGCUCCCAAGAACCGCAAGGACCUGUUUAAAGGAUCUGUAAACUACCAUUGGCGCUCGGAUGAAGGAAAAGUUAAAGGCUGGAUGGUGUCGCAGGAAAAGGAUAAAGCCGGAGUUAUGGGUACUAGUACGAUAAGACUCAAUGUGACGAACACAACCUGGGUUACUACUGCUGAUGUAACCGCAACUGACUGGUGGAUAGCUUCUCCCGCGAAACGAAAUGAUUUCCUCAGUUGGGGAGUAGAGACCCAAAACUGGUUCGUCAAUAGCUAUAUAUUCCAAGACUGGUUCACCGUCACCAAGCGCGGAGCGGACGAAACCGGAAGGUACAUCGAGCUUGACCGACCGCUCAGAUUCGACGUGUACCGCUCGUCGACGGGAGACGGAAGCAGUCCCAUGGAAGAUAGUGAGAUAUUUGCGAAAGCGAUGCCUAUUGCGCAUGUUGUCCACCACGUUGGUAUCGAGAAUUUGUAUAUGACUCAGGAGAUCGCUGGCCUGACUCCCGAAUCUGCAACGAGGAACUAUGGGAACUUGGCCCCGGAACAAGCUAUGCAUGGAAUCGUAUUCCGAUACGCCCGCGACAGCUGGGUUCGAAACAUUCAGACUUUCAUGACGGGGUCUCAUCCGAUUGCAACAGAAGCGGCACGUAACAUCCAGAUCCAAGAUAAUUAUUUCGAUGGUGCAUGGAAUAAGGGAAAAGGCGGCAACGGGUAUCUUCGUGGAUCUCGUGUCUGGGAUAGCCUGUACUACAACAAUACUCUCAGAAAUCUACGACACAUCACAAUGCAAUGGUGUGCCAUGGGGAAUGUGGUCAUUCUCAACAACAUGACCUUCAUGGAGGUUGGGAAGGUUUUAAUCUAUUCGAGCUUAACUACGUAUCCGUCCCGUAUUCGCAUCGUUCGGGGUCUUGCUCGAGCUGUGGCGGCGAGGGCGGAGACCAAGAGGGUAGAUGGCGGCGAAUACGUUGAAUAUCGUCCGUACUUUGCUCGCGAUGGUAGCCUGUCUUCCAAAAUCUGGCAGUUGGGAUGGGAUAGUCAGUCGCCUGCUGGGAUUCGUUACUCCCAUUUAUCAGUGGAAAACCGAGCGCCCAUAAAAGACUGGCAAAGUCACGAGCUUGUUGAUUAUUCCAAGGGUCCAGCGUACGGUGCAAACUCGCUUAUGGAAGAUCCCCACACUUCGUUGUUCUUGAAAGACGUUAGUGCCGCGACUGGAACCGUAGCCACAUAUUCAGGAAUUGCUGGAAAUAACUACUGUCGAGGCGACGUUGAGACACGAGCAAUCGGCUAUUACUCAGCUUCGGCAUCGCGCCGGGUUUGUAACCCCUUUUACCCGGAUGCUAUUGACACUAGUGCAUUUACUCACAUUUUAUUCGCAUACGGAGCUCUUGCCAGAGAUGGGACGAUCACUGUCGCAAGUGAAGAUCAACAGUUACUCCGAGACGUGGCGGCGCUCAAGUCUAACGACACCUCUCUCAAAGUAUUUUUGGCGGUCGGCGGUUGGGGCCUUGGUGCUGAUCCCGCGAACAUGGUCGCUAUUGCAACCAGUGCAUCGGCCAGAACCAAGCUGGGGACAUCAGGCGCUGCGAUUUGCCAAAGCUAUGGUCUUGACGGAAUUGAUGUAGAGUGGGCUCCGGGAAUUUCUGCGACGCAAUGGGGUGCAGCACCUGGACUCAAAGCCGCCAACUUCAAUCUAUCUAUGUCGACCCCCCAUUCAUUUUGGUCCAGCUCAGGUGUCAACACAGUCGCCGCAGAUUUAUCGAAAGCGGUCGACUUCACGAGUUUAAUCAGUCAUGAUUUAUCCGGAGCGACUUUAGAAUACCCAAACAGCCUGCCCAAGAUGAGUGCGGCCGUAAUGAACAUACAUAAAUUGGGAUUUCCUCGUGGUCAGAUCAUGAUGGGCGUGCCAUUUUAUGGAAGGUCUCGAAAACUCGUCGAUUCAACCUGCACUGCUGAUGGAUGUGGGAUUGUAUCUGGCCUUGGAUCGACUUCAGAGUGCCUAUCAACAACGAGCAUUGGCCGAGGAACGUUCCCAUAUUUUGCUAUCAGCGACCGACUAAAUGGGGGAACCCUAGACGAAGACUCGAAUGGGGAAUCGACCGAGAUAGACGGCUCUGCAGCUCGAUACGUAACAGGUACUGGCUAUGUGUUCGACUAUGAAACUCCAGCUUCUGUUGUCGAAAAGGCACGAGCGGCUACUAUGCUAUGCUUAGGUGGACUUUCAAUCUCCGCGCUGGACCAAGACAACCGGAAGUUCGAACUGACAACAGCCAUUUGGGGUGCAGGCGCACUUGUACCUACUGCUGCAGAGAUUGCUAGUACCAUCUCCGGAGAGCCGCUUACUGAGAAUGGGCUAGUUAGCGUUGAAUUUUGGGAUAAGGCAGCUGACCAGAUCUUGGCCAAAUAUCCGAGUCUCUCCAUGCAACUGAACUACCAAGUGAUGUUAUUGUUGGGGAUCAGAGCUCUGGAUGCAGUGGCCAGUAGCUUGUAUGAGUAUUUGAAGUUUAGUGCCCUGAGUGAAGACUCGUUCGCACUAUAUAAGAAAUGGGAGACCAAAGCACUCAAUUGGGCUCUUGCAAACGAAACAGGAAAAGGAAACGACUUUUGGCAAUGCUCGAGACACGCAGACUCCGAUUUCUCUCAUGAUACAUGUCCAGGGGGACAUAACACUCGUGGCGCCGAUGUGAAUGAUGUAUACUGGAGACUAACAGAUCCUGGCGGUUUCUCCAACUACCUAGUCGAAUCUCUUGGGAUGGACACGUCUAACCUUAUUAUCGGAGACAUUUAUGUUGGAAGAAACCCAUCAACAUGUAUCAGUUUCCCGCUUCGCCGAGAGCUUUCUUCGAACGCCACCAAUGUAACUUUGACACUCAAGUAUGACGAUGCAGUCCCGGAAACCAAUGCGACCAUCAUCGCCAAUUCGGAAAUUUUUGAGGAUGAUGGCACUGGACGUGUUCGCCGUGUUCAAGUUGGUAACUCCUCGAUCGAAGCUAGACAUCAUGUCAGCAGCAUGCCGCCAUAUGACCCCGCCGACAACUCAGAAGGUUUUUCCCCAUACGAUCCAGAUAAGGACUGCCGCACACUCUGGCACGACGUUUUGCUGAUCGACGCCGACAAGUUUUUCCCGAACAUCAAGGAUGGAAUCCAAGCGUACUUAGAUCAAUACGAAGAGUUCAAGCUUUCGGCGAUCAACUUGGCUUCCUCACCUUUUGAAACUGUCGAAUCCUUGGCACCUUCCCUAUACUUAACUCUCACAACGUUGACAUCCGGCAAUGACACAUUAUAUUCGACCAUGCAAUAUAUUGAACAAGUGAAGUACGACAAGGCACUUCAGGAGCAGUAUGAUGCACUUGAAGAGCAAGCUCGGCAAGCGGGAAUCCAGCUCAUUAUCGACAUAGUCUUGACUUUAUUGAGUUUCGUACCAUUUGGAGGACUCGUAAGUGGAGCCGCACGUGCUGCUCGAGCUCUUGUUCCUGUCUUUAGGUCGGCUCGAGCGACGCGUUCCCUUGCUCGUGGCCUGGAAAAGGCUUUGGAUGGCGCAAUGGAUGCUCGAAGUCUUCGGUCUGUCGACGAGCUUUUGAGCCCCAUUGCUCUGGAGGGCCGGGGCCGGAUCGGCAAGGCCUUGGAUCGAAUUCAAGAGUUCGGAUUUUCUUGCGAUAACUCAGAUUACACUGGACUGGCGUUAGACAUGUUCAGCUUAGCGGAGCCGGCUUUACCCUCCCUACCUCUGCCCCGACGCAGUUUCUUGUACAACGAUACUUUCACAGAGCCAUCAGGUCAAGACCUCUCCACGAUUGACUCCACUUCCCCCAUAAUUAAUCCCAAUGAAAGCAAGCGGUCGGAAUGGAGCCAUCUUCACUCACGAGCGCCGGCUCAGGUCGAGACUUGUAUCUGGCGCCCAAAAUUUAACGCUGCCGAAUUUAAGUCGAAAAACUAUAGGUCUUUUUGCCACGAUACUUCGGCGCUAUAUCCCAUGGAAUGGGUGGAUGUAGACAACAACAAUGAAGUCAAGAAGGUCACAUACGCUGAUUGCCGACCACCUAAUGGUAACGACCGCACCACCGUUGCGGCAGGGAUGAGGUUUGCCGACAAGGAUAAGCGGAAAGCAAAGAACCUACCUCCUGAUCCCAAGUAUUGUAUGUUGCUAUCUUCUGCUCCAAGAAUCGAGCUUUUGCGCGCUCUCAAAUUGGAUCAGCCAAAGUUCACAAAGGCGGAUGCUGACAUCAUGUGCAAUCAACCGGAGUACAAGGCUUUCUUCCAGAAAGUAAUUGAUAGGAUGAAUUCGCCUGAAAACAUGCGUCCGUUAUACCGGGGGCCAAAUACCUUGAAGAAUCGGUUCAUAGACUCAGGAACACUGCCCGCAGAUAGCACCCCUGAUUCAACCUGGGAAAGCUACCAGAGAGCGGCAGCUGCGACUCAAUCUGAAGAUGGAAAAGAGAUGCAGAUAAUGAAUCGAUACAUGAACUCUGCGGCCGACGCUCGCCUGAAGACCGCAAAGGAUUUAGAUGUGCUUGUCAAGGGGCUUAGUUUCCAGGAUCCAGAAGCAGCCAGGCUCUUUGCAACACUCAAAUUAGAUGAUCGUUACAUCACAGUCGGCGGCCAGACUAAUAAAGUGGGAAUACUAGAGGCAACAAACCAUGCGAAUACCGAGCGUUACGCUCAGAAGCUUGAACGCGUGAAGUUCAGGGCUGAACCCGCUAUUGACAAUACCAAGGUUUCGGCAGAUGUGCCCGGACGCGAAAACGUCCAACAAGAGGCCACGCAAAAGUUGAAAUGGAUGGCUUGA